AUGCAUUACUUCACAGAGAAAGAAACAAUCUUGAGACUUUCCAGAGAAAAAGACAAGCUCUCCUACAAUGGCUCCGUGGUACAUAUUUUUCCAGACAUCUCCCCAGAGGUGGGCCGCCUCAGAGCCUCAUUCAACCAAGUGAAGCCCAAACUACGAGAUGCAGGAAUCCCAUACAGCCUGUAUUAUCCAGCGAAGAUGACGAUAACGGUGAAAGGAUCCAGGCACGUGUUCACGGAGCCACAAGCAGUGGAGGAGUUCAUCCGCAACAUCGCACCAGCAGCCAACGGAGAUAAAGACGACUGA